ACAGUUGUGUCGGAGGCUGCGCGAUAUAUCUACUCCCUCUCUCUCCUACUUUACUCUUUCUCUCUCACUCUCUACGGAUUCGCAGCGUCCCACAAACCCUCACUAAAACCAUGGCUUGAUUCCGCCGCCGUCCGAUCCUUUCCCUCCGCCUGUAUCGUCGAUCCGAUUGUCUGCCAUGGAAGAUACUCAUUCAGUUGCGACCCUCAUAGAGUCUACAACCUCUAAGAUACAGCAACUCCAGAAAGCAUUUGCUGAGCUUGAAAGUCAUCGAGCCUUAACCCUUAACCUGAAAUGGAAACAACUGGAGGAACAUUUUCAUGGGCUUGAGAAGUCUUUGAAGAGGCGUUUUACUGAACUGGAAGACCAAGAAAAGGAGUAUGAAACCAAAACAACCGAAGCCUGGGAGAUACUGGAGAAGCGUGAAGCAGCUGUCGUGGCUAAGGAACAUGCUUCAUUAGAGAGGCUCCAAGAGAAGAGAGAUUCUGCUGUUUCUGCUAUUGCCAAUGCUAUCCAGAAGCACAGGAAGGUUUCUGCCAUGGAACCUGCUGCUGCUACCUCUGAGGAUCAAGGCGGGGCGCCAUUUGUGGAAGAGAAACCACCUGAUGCGAUGGUUGCUGAAAGCAACUCAGACGAUGUGAAAAAGUCUUCUGAAAAUGAAAAUGUGGAGGUGAUGUCUUAUCCCCAACUACUGAAAUUAUGUGAAGACAUGGACUCAGAAGGCCUCCACAAAUUCAUUUCAGACAACCGUAAGAACCUUGCGGCCGUAAGGGAAGAAAUUCCUAUUGCGCUAAAGGCUGCAACUGACCCAGCUUCUCUGGUUUUGGACUCGCUCAAUGGUUUCUACUGCAUGGAGGGGUCAAAUCUGGAUGCAAAAAAGGACGCAAAUCUACUGGGUUUGCGCCGGACCUGUAUUAUGUUGAUGGAGUGCCUUAGCACUUUGUUAAGUUCUGCUUCUAACAUCAUCACUGAGAACAUUAAAGAACGAGCAAGGGAUAUUGCUGAGGAGUGGAAGCCAAAGUUAGAUGAUCUCGAUGUGGAUGCCAACAAUGGGAACUCCUUGGAGGCUCAUGCAUUUUUACAACUUUUGGCCACUUUUGGUGUAGAUUCUGAUUUCGAGCAGGAAGACUUACAGAAGUUAAUACCAAUGGUGUCCCGUCGUCGCCAAACAGCUGAUCUGUGUCGCUCCCUUGGACUGUCCGAGAAAAUGCCGGGGGUUAUCAAUGUGUUGCUCAAUAAUGGGAGGCAAAUUGAUGCUGUUAACCUAGCUUUUGAAUUUGAACUUACCAAACAGUUUUCGCCAGUAUCAUUACUGAAGUCCUACUUGAUUGAGGCGAAAAAGGUUUCUUCACCUGUCAAAAGUGGGAAUACAUCUCCUUCUGCACAGAAUGAGGUCAAUGAAAGGGAGCUGACUGCACUGAAGGCUGUAAUCAAGUGCAUAGAAGACCACAAACUUGAAGAGCAGUAUCCCCUGGACCCACUCCAAAAGAGGGUUCUCCUGCUGGAGAAGGCAAAGGCUGACAAGAAGAGGGCUACAGAAGUUGCGAAACCUCAACCCAAAAGACCCCGUGCCAAUGGCGUCGGACAUGCGCCCCGUGUCACUAAUGUUGUUGCUGACAAGAACUUCUAUGCUAGAGUGACUGACAACAGGUACCCUCCCCAGUACAUGUAUGACAGACCUUAUGCUUACCCUGCUCCAACUGACAACCAAUUCCCCUCACAUCUUGGUUCCGCUGCUUACACUGUGUCCCCUGCUCAUGGCAACUUCUUCGGGAAUGGAUUCCAGUACCAGGCCCCUUACCUUCACUAGUGGGUAGGAAAGUCUAAACUUUGAUCAUGAUCCUGUUAACAGUUAGUGUUAACCCUUCAGUCCCUUUACUGUUGUAUUGUAUGAUCGAAUCUAGUUUCUUAAAAAAAAAAAAAAACGAAAAAUGUUAAUCUUCUGUUGAAUGUAAAAGCUGAUACUGUGAUCCUUUUAAUAUAUGCACUGUUUUCCUUAUUAUUUAGUAA